CCAGCUGUCUACGACCAGCCUCUGCCGUCGGGCUUCUUCAUAUUUUUGUUUGUUUGUUUCUUUUUUUUUUAGCGGCAACAGAACAACCUAAAACUUAAACAAACAAAGAAACAAAAACUUUUCAGGCAGAAAAUUUUAUUUUAAGCAUUUUUUUAAAACUAUUUUGAAACAAUGUGGACCUUUUUGGGAAUUGCAACUUUCACGUACAUUUAUAAAAAGUCCAACAUGCUGCUGAAUGUGGCUCAUAAGGAGCUGCUGCUGAUAGCCGCUCUGUUCCUCUCAGCCGGACUGCUGAUCUCUUACAUUAGAUUUGUUCAUGGUCACAAACUGUCAUUGUCUCAGAUAGUUUAUUUGCCUCUGAGCGUCUUGUCAGCUCUACCUCUGGUCAAACACUUCAUCCCUCAAACUGGAGCUGAAAGCAGCAAGAAAGCAGAGAAGAAGAACACUGAAAAGAGUAAGAGGACAAGAAGAAGAGCAGAACCGGAGUCCUCCACCUCACAGUAUGCCCCACUCUGUGGCCCCUCUGAGGGCCCUGGGCCAGAUGUGGUGGUAGUCGGGGCCGGGGUCCUGGGCUCGGCCAUGGCGGCCGUCCUGGCCCGGGAUGGCAGGAGGGUGACGGUGGUGGAGAGGGACUUGAAGGAGCCAGACAGGAUAGUGGGGGAGCUGCUCCAGCCAGGGGGCUUCAGGGCCCUCAGGGACCUGGGACUGGAAGGUUCGGUGGAAGGUCUGGACGCCCACCAGGUGAACGGCUAUGUGAUCCACGACAUGGACAGCCAAUCAGAGGUGGAGAUCCCUUAUCCUCAGGAGAAAGGGAGUGUCCAGUGUGGACGAGCUUUCCAUCAUGGCCGCUUCAUAAUGGGGCUGAGGAGAGCUGCCAUGGCAGAGUCAAAUGUCAGAUUCAUAGAAGGCACGGUGAGCAGCUUGCUGGAGGAGGAUGGCUGUGUAACUGGAGUCCAGUAUAAAGAUAAAGAAACCGGAGACAUCAAGGAAAUCCACGCCGGGCUGACCGUGGUGGCCGACGGCUGCUUCUCCAAAUUCAGGAAGAGUCUGGUGUCAGGGAAAGCUCGCAUCUCCUCUCACUUCGUCGGGUGCCUCAUGAAGGACUGUCCCCAGUUCAAGGCCAAUCACGCAGAGCUGGUGCUGGCCAACCCCAACCCGGUGCUCAUCUACCAGAUCUCCUCCUCUCACACCAGGGUGCUGGUGGACAUCAGAGGGGAGAUGCCUCGUGACCUUCCAGGGUACAUGGCUGAGAGGAUACACCCACAGCUACCAGAGCAUUUAAAGGAGCCUUUCAUGGAGGCGCUGCAGAACGACCGCCUCAGGUCCAUGCCCGCCAGCUUCCUCCCUCCUGCCCCCGUCAACAAGCCAGGUGUGCUCCUCCUGGGCGACGCCUACAACAUGAGGCAUCCUCUGACGGGGGGCGGGAUGAGCGUUGCCCUUAACGACGUGUGCAUCUGGAGGGUCCUGCUCAGGAACCUUCCGGAUCUGUACGACGACGCGGCUUUAUUACAGGCGAAGAAAAAAUUCCACUGGGAACGCAAGUCAUCACAUUCUUUUGUAGUGAACGUGUUGGCCCAGGCUCUGUACGAACUGUUUGCAGCCACCGACGAUUCUCUCCAUGAGCUGAGGAAGGCCUGCUUCCAGUACUUUAAACUGGGCGGAUCGUGCAUCACUGGGCCCAUUGGACUCCUCUCAGUCCUGUCGCCUAAACCCAUGACCCUGAUUGGUCACUUCUUUGCCGUGGCGCUGUACGCAAUCUACUUCAACUUCAAGUCGGAAUCCUGGAGCACGAAACCUCGAGCGCUGUUUAAGAGCGCCGCCAUCUUGUACCGGGCCUGCACCGUCAUGUUCCCCCUCGUCUACUCUGAACUCCAGUACCUGGUCUACUAAAGAGCACAACAUGAGGACAUAACAACCAAACUGUGUGUGUGUGUCUGUGUGUGUGUGUGUGUGUGUGGAACACACAGUGAUAAAGGAAUCAUGACGGGGAAAAAAAGAAAAGAAAAAGACACAGAAGCAGUGAAAAGGCCACAGCCACCAACGCUCAAUUACAUGUGUGGUGACAUUUUAACACCGUCUGGAGUUUAAAGCAGAGUAACGGCGCUUCAAACGUGGCGCUCAGCCACGAGAGAAGGAAGAGGAGCGGGCCUUCAUCAGAGAGACACACUGAAAGAUGAACGGCGGCUGUUUGGAUGGGGAGACAGAGCCGACAGACGUGGUGGAGGAAGAGGGAAGUGUACACACUUCAUUUCUAACAGCCGCAUAAAAAAGCCACAGACUAGAGUCUGCAGAUGAACCGAUCUGAUAUUAAUAUCUGUAUUGGCCCACAUACUGAAAAAAUUAUUUAGAUGAGGUAUUGGUGGCAAUGUGCCUGAUCCGUAAGAGCACAUCUGUUCAGUCUAAUUCUAUACUUUGUGCUCUGAGCGACGUCAUGCUAUAAUGUUUAUUCUACAUUAUAUUUAGAAUUCCUAACAAUUUCUGAACCAUUUGGAAGAAAUUUUGUUGAUUUUUAUAUAUUUUACCAAAGUAGUCAAACUAUUGUUUUCGUCAGUUUUAUUACUACUUAUUUUAUACUGGCUGUUAUUCUCCUUAUUGCUGAACACAUUAAAGUUGUUUGACCAAGGUUGCGAAGCUGUUGGUGUUAAUCUAAUAAAUAUGUAAUUCAGUUAAUUUAUGUCUGUGUUUAAAAAGAAAAAACAACAACAGGUAUUUUAAUCUAAUUCAGCAAGAUUGGUAUCACCGAUAAUAAACCUCAGAUGUCUGCAUCGGUAUUGAAAGUGAAAAAAUUGGAUUGGUGCACCUCAACUACAGAGUGGAAAUAUUGUUACAGCUUUUAAUCUUAAACGGCUCAAGAGAUUUGCUAGUUUAUGGGCAGUUUUAUGUACACUUUAAUUAUUUAUCAUUCAAAAACACUAAUCUGCUUAUUUAGUUGCAUCUGCAUUUGCUUCACCAAGUAAUUAGCCAGGUUCUUUAGUGUCUAUGCAAGGACUGGUUGGGUGUGGGUGUUCCUGCUGAAUGUCGUCACUAAGCAACCAAACAGCAGCUGGAUUUGUAGAAGCAGAGAUGUUGCAGCAUCUAUCCCCCAAACACAACGAUGAAACACAGCUGACCGAAGAACAAGGUUUUCACAUUUUAUCUUUUCACAAACUUACAUGUAUUUUAUUUGAACCUUUUGUGGUCCAAUGAAAAAAAAAAAAAAUGAUAGGAGCUUCAGGUAAAGUUUAAAUGAUUUCUUUUUUUUUUCUGCCACAGAGUCUCAGUUGGACUUUGACUGGGCCAUUCUCUUCUGUGGAACACGGAGCAUGUUGGAGUGUUUGUUCAGGCAAAUGCGACAGAAGUCAGAUGGUUUUGUCCAAACGCUGCACAUAUUGGACAUUUUCAUGAUAAUGAACAGCCAUGAUAAUGUCCAUAUGUUAUACUAAAUCAGAUGUGCAUCCCGUUUCCAAAGCGACUGCAGUCUAAACAGUCAUGGCGCAAUUUUUCAGACUUUUAUGUCAUUGAUGUGAGACGUGCAUCGUAAUUCUGCCCCUGGACAAUUAAAAAUGUUUCAAAGCCACAUAAAAUAAAACUUUGAUAUAAGGCCUUUUCUAUUAGUUGUGUUUCUAUCAGCUUCCUUCAUCUUGUUAUGAUCUUGUGAUGAUACUGUUAGUGAAUAACUUUAAAAACAAUUCACGGUCGGCAGCAUUAGUUCAGUAAACGGUGUGCUGCUGUGUGAAGUCAUCUUUCUUCUGCUUUUUAUUCUUCUCCAUUUUGUUAUUAUAUAAUGUAAACAUUGUGAUGCAAACAAAUUAAAGCAGAAUAAAACUUAAAACAUUCUUCUGCAUAUGCAGGUCUCUUUGGGCUUGUAAGCCGUCCACUCAGAAGUCUGAUUACGGUCACAGGAAUUGAACAUCAAUGCUUUCUGCAGGCGUCACCAACUUAGAUUUAAAAUGCUUUGAGACCUUUAAGGUUUUAUGAAUGGAAUUUAAAACCUAGAUUGCUACAGAAAUGCACAAAUUUCAGUGGGUUGGUGAUAAAUUUGCACUUACCCAUGAUAGGAUGCAAAAAACAGGUAGUUUUUUGCAUCCUAGCAAGGACAUGUCAGCAGUAGGUUAGCGUUAGCCUCAGCCAUUUCUACUCACAGACAGCAGAAAAAAAUGUCUGAGUGCGGCUUAAACUUUUACCUGACAGAAAUGUUUCACGAAGAAAAAAACACUACAUGUACAUGACUUAAAAUAUGACUCAAUGACAAAAUUGGACAAAAUAUAGAGACCUGUGACUAAUGCAUUUAAUGCCAACUUGCUUAAUUUUAUAUCUACAAACAUUAGAUGAGACUUUUUAAAGGAUGAGGAGACCCUGAUCAAGACCCGCUGCUUGAAAGUAGCCUAAAAGUAAACCAACUACAACUCUGUCUAUUAUAUUUAUUGUAAUAAAGGAAAUGACGGAGUGAAACAGCGAGUACACACCAAGUACACACCAAGCUAUCAUCACAAAGGCUAAAUGCUGGUAACGUCCAGCUCGUAUGUGAUGGAUGUUUCAU